AGAGACGUAUCUUGAAGAUUUGCCCUAACGACGGCAACGUUUCUUCAUUCUUUUUCGUUCAACUUUCAAGGAAUAUACAUCGAUAAAAAUGGCGGACGCUGCUCCAGCCUCAAGAGGUGAAUUUAAACAAGGAUUCGGUGGUGCCGGUGGAUCUCGUGGAAGAGGUCGUCGUGGUGGACGUGGACGCGGUCGUGGUGGCCGAGGACGUGGAGAUAAAGAAGGAAAUCAAAAGGAAUGGGGUCCAGUCACCAAAUUAGGUCGUUUAGUUCGUGACGGGAAAAUCAACUCAUUGGAGGACAUUUACUUGUACUCACUUCCCAUUAAAGAGUUCGAAAUCAUUGAUUUCUUCUUGGGACGUGCAUUGAAGGAUGAAGUCCUGAAAAUUAUGCCAGUCCAGAAACAAACUCGUGCUGGUCAACGCACACGUUUCAAGGCUUUCGUCGCUAUCGGUGAUAGCAAUGGGCACAUUGGUUUGGGUGUUAAGUGCAGCAAGGAAGUUGCCACUGCCAUUCGUGGUGCAAUCAUUCUUGCUAAACUUUCAGUCGUUCCAGUUCGUCGUGGUUAUUGGGGUAACAAGAUCGGUAAACCUCAUACAGUCCCUUGCAAGGUUACUGGAAAAUGUGGAUCAGUUUUAGUUAAACUUAUCCCAGCUCCACGUGGUACUGGCAUUGUCAGCGCUCCAGUUCCAAAGAAGCUUUUGCAAAUGGCUGGUAUUGAAGAUUGCUACACGCAGUGUCGUGGAUCAACCACAACUUUGGGUAACUUCGCCAAGGCCACUUAUUCUGCCAUCGCUCAAACUUAUGCUUUCUUGACACCCGAUUUGUGGAAAGAAAUGCCUUUGACGAAGACACCUUACGAAACGUAUGCCGACUUCCUGGUUAAGCCAACUACCAAAUCUGUCGGAAUUCGUAACAUUGAUUUAAGUUAAUCAAUGUCAAUUGGAGAAUUGAAUAAACUUUUGAUCACAUUGUGAGCAAAUAACAAGCAAAAA